UUGACGUCACCUCUCUACGCCUGUCACAAUGUCCAGAUAGUCUAAAUCAUAAAGUAAUAAGAAAUGACAGACUUUUUUAAGUCGGCGUUUGGGAUAAUAAGUGGUGGUGGUCCCGGUGGUGCUGAGAAUGAUUUUGUUGGUCAAAUGGUGGAGCUGGGAAAUCAGAAACUCCGUGUGAAAAGGGUCAUUGCAGAAGGUGGAUUUGCCUUUGUAUACAUUGCUCAAGACACUACAAGUGGAAAGGAUUUUGCUCUCAAGAGGUUAUUAGCCAACGAUGAAGAAAAGAACAAAGCAGUGUUGGAAGAGAUUAGGUUCAUGAAAAAGUUAACAGGUCACAGUAACAUUGUACAGUUCAUAGCAGCUGCAUCUAUUGGUAAGGAGGAAUCAGGACAUGGGCAGGCUGAAUAUCUCUUAUUGAUGGAACUAUGUAGUGGUGGUCAGUUAGUAGAUAUUAUAAAUAGAAGACCUGGUCCUUUACCAUGUGACCAGGUGUUGUUAUCAUUCUAUCAAACAUGUCGAGCAGUCCAACACAUGCAUAGACAGAACCCACCUAUAGUCCACAGAGAUCUUAAGGUAGAGAAUCUGCUUUUGAGUUCCCAAGGAUCAAUAAAACUAUGUGAUUUUGGUAGUGCUACAACAAAGACCCAUUAUCCUGAUUCUGGCUGGUCUGCUAUACAGAGGAGUCUUGUAGAAGAUGAGAUUACAAGAAACACUACACCUAUGUACAGAUCUCCAGAAAUGUUAGACUUAUACAUGAAUUAUCCUAUUUGUGAAGGUCUGGAUAUAUGGGCACUUGGUUGUGUCUUGUAUCUUCUAUGUUUUAAUGUACAUCCAUUUGAAGACUCAGCUAAGCUUAGAAUCAUCAAUGGAAACUAUACCAUCCCAGAUACAGACAGAGAGUACACAGUAUUCCAUGAUCUCAUCAGGUCUAUGUUACAAGUGAACCCUAAUGACAGACCGAACAUAACUGAUGUAUUAGACAGAUUACAGGAGGUAGCAGCAGCCAGAAAUAUCAACUUAAAAACUCCACUUAAUAUUACUGAAGGAAUAUCUGCUACACCGUUCUCAGAUAGUUCAGAUUCUCCAGUCAGACAAGCACCUCCACCACCUCAGCCUUCAGCAUACAAUGAGGGACAAACCACAGCAGGGUCAAUAUUUAGUUCAUUAAAAGGUGGAGCAGGAAGUUUAAUGAAAAAUAUCAAAGAUGCUUCAGCCAAAGUAAUGGAAACUGUCUCAGCAACUGUGAACAAGGCAGAUUUGGAUUUGAGUUAUAUCACAUCUAGAGUAAUAGUAAUGUCAUUCCCAUCAGAAGGUGUAGAAUCAGCUUUUAAGAAUCAUAUAGAUGAAGUUAGGAAUUAUUUAGAUUACAAACAUAAAAAUUCAUAUGCUGUAUACAAUAUAUCACAGAAAAGUUAUAGGACCAUCAAAUUUGAAAACAGGGUGUCAGAAUGUGGUUGGACAGCAAGAAAAGCCCCAACACUUGCCAAUCUCUUUGCUAUUUGCAAGAAUAUGCAUUUAUGGCUCAGACAAAAUCCACAUAAUAUAUGUGUGGUACAUUGUUUAGAUGGUAAAGCUUCCUCAGCCACAGUCGUUGGAGCAUUUCUUGUGUUCUGUAGAUUGUUUGAAUCUAGUCAACAAGCUUUACAUUUGUUCUCUUCAAAGCGAUGCCAGCCAGGCCUGUCUCCUGCUCAAAGAAGGUAUAUAGGGUACAUUUCUGAAAUGGUAGCUGACACCCCAUAUUUACCUCACAGUAGGCCAGUGAUGAUAAAGAACCUAAUCAUGUCACCAGUUCCACUAUUCAAUAAAAUGAGGAAUGGUUGUCGACCGUUUGUGGAGAUUUUUGUUGGAGAAGAUAGAAUAAUGUCAACAUCUCAAGAAUAUGACAAGAUGAGAGGGUUUGUUGUUGAUGAAGGAAAAGCUAUAAUACCACUGAACAUGUCUGUUGUUGGUGACAUUACUGUGAUAGCUUAUCAUGCAAGGUCAACAUUUGGGGGCAAAGUUCAGGGCAAGAUUACAUCAAUGAAGAUGUUUCAGUUACAGUUUCAUACUGGUAUGGUCAAACCUGAAACCACUAACACUAAGUUCACACAAUUUGAUUUGGAUCAGUUAGAAACUGCGGACAAAUAUCCGGAUCUUUUCUCUGUGUCGUUGGAUGUGAUUGUAUCACCCAAUGAACGUCCUAGAACUGACAGUAUGUACCCAUGGCAAAAAUUUGAUACACAGAAACUGAAUCCCAGGGUUUUAUUCUCUUCUAAAGAUGAACUGUAUCAAGUUCUAAAUGAGUUUGGUAUAUCAGAAAGAGUAAAAUCCAGAUUACACAGGACUACCAGUCAACCUAGUAGUGAGAAUAGCAGUCCUGCUCAUGUAUCAAAGCCACAAGAACCAAAACAGGAAACCAGGAAAACAGAGGAACCAGUUAACAAAAAAAGUUUCUUUGACAGUUUAAGUUGGCAACAGGAAGAAUCAAAAGGACUGGGUGAAGUAAAGAGUUUUGCUGACAGAGAAUCGGAAUCAGGUCUGCUCAGUGGCAGUGAAGAUGAAGAUGAUUUUGCAGCUUUAACUAGUGAACGUAUGAAGGGAUUACCUAAUGGUAAUAGUGGAUCUCAAAACUCUAUUGGAGGGAAGAAAUCACCAAAUGUUGACUUGUUUUCUUCUGGAAAUAACUCUGAUAAUGUGGAUUUAUUUUCAAUGGGAAACCAGUCAAAACAACAAGAUGUUGACUUUUUCUCAUCAGGAAAUAACACUGAAAAUGUGGAUUUGUUUUCUUUAGGAAACCAGUCAAAACCACAAAACGUUGACUUGUUUUCAUCAAAAUCUGAUAAUCAAUUGUUUGAUCUGUCAGGUGAGCAAACUGAAGCAGGCAUAUUAAAUUCAAAAAAUGGAGAUGUGUCAGAACAAAUGGAUUUACUUAAUAUAAAUGAACCUAGUGAUGACUUAGACUUUCUAGGUGGAACACAAAAUAGUGCGCCUAGUGGUCAGCAAUCUACAUUUGAUCCUUUCCAGGAAUUAUCUUCUCGACAGACUAAUGCAUUCCCAACAGCCAACUCUACCCAGAAACCAUCUGGAACAUUCGAUCCAUUCCAAACAAGUGUCUCAAGUAAAAACAAUUCCAAAAAUACUCAAGAAGAUGAAUUUAUUAAAAUGAUGGAAAGUAAUUCCUCAAAUGACACUGGUCCAAAUUUACUUGGAAACUGGGAUAGUUCAAAUGUAGUUAAGUUUAAUACAUCAAACAUUCCAGUAAAUAGAUCAAGUCCUAACUUACGACAAAGUCAUUCUGCUUCUAACUUAGGAGGUAAUCAACAGAAUAAUAGUGGAACUAAAUUGCCGGCAAUGGGAGGAUUUGGUUCACAACAAAAUAUUUUAUCUGCUAAUCAGGCUAAGCCAGCUCAGCAACAACAACAGCCCAAAAAACUGGAUCCAUUUGCUGACUUAGGUAGUUUAGGUAGUAUUGGAGGUAAUAAGCAGUCUGCAGGGUGGCAAAAUAAACCAUCUCCACAAGGUUCUCCAAAACUCAACAGGCCACAGGCAGUCAUCAACAAAAAUUCCCCUCAAGGAUCCCCACAGAUAUCUAGACCUGCACAACAUAAACCAAACUACAACGUAAACUUCCCUGCUCCUCCGAGUAACACAGGAAAAUCAAGUGUGAUUGGUGAUAGAAGUGAUCGAGGUGUUAGGAAACCAUUCGGUCCAAAGCCAUCAGUAUCUAAUCAUGCCUUUGAAGAUCUGUUAGGGCAGCAGGGCUUUAGUUCUACAGCUAAAUCUAACGAACAAAAGACUAUUGCCAGUAUGAGGAGACAACAGUUAGUAGAAGAUAUGGAUCCUGAUAAAUUAAAGAUAUUGGAAUGGGUACAGGGUAAAGAGAGGAAUAUAAGAGCUCUUCUGUGUUCACUACAUACAGUCCUAUGGGAGGGAGAGGAACGAUGGAAAGGCAUUGGAAUGCACGACCUUGUCACACCGGAACAAGUCAAGAAAGUCUACCGUAAAGCUGUUUUAGCCGUUCAUCCAGAUAAGCUGACUGGAUCACCACAUGAAGACAUGGCUAAAAUGAUAUUUAUGGAAUUAAACGAUGGCUGGGCCCAGUUUGAGGAGGAAGGCAUGAAAGCUUUAUAUUAACAAUUUCAAAUCACAUGAUCAUGGACAGUUACUGCACUUUGAAAGUAUUCGAUGAUUAUCUAGGUCACAUGUAAUUUCUAUAAUUUUAAUGUUUUUUCUAGGACUGUGCUGUAUGUUUCUUAUUAGUUUUCAAUUUCACUUUAACAUCAUUUUAUUGAGAUAAAAAAGGCCAGAUUACUUUUAAUGUUUGGUGAAUCAGUAAUUUUUUUAAUUUUUUAGUAGCAGGG